GUUGUUUCGUUCUCUGAUAAUGGAAGGUAACAAAUCUUACUUGCACAUACUGAAAUGGAGGAUGUUUAUCUUGAUUCAUUGGUUUUGGCUGAUUGAUGAGAAGACCAUUGGAGAAGUAUUGAAAGUAGUAAAAUGUUUUCCUCCACUCUGCCUCUGUUUCGGUGAGGUGAUAGUCUCUUAUCCUUAUGAUUACGUGUUCUUACAGUUUACUGGUUGGUCUGGGCCCUUUGGAAAUGAAGUUGCCAGGGUGCUUGGUGGUGGUCUUGUGCCAGGUUCAGUUGUUUUGAUUGGCGGUGAUCCUGGUGUUGGCAAGAGUACCCUGUUGUUGCAGGUAUAAGGUGAGAAGUAUUCAUCUCAUCGUUUGCUUCGAGCUGUCAAGAACCGUUUUGGGUCAAUUGAUGAACUUGGAAUAUUUGAAAUGUCACAGUUGGGGCUGCAAGCAGUGUCCAGCCCCAGCGAGAUGUUUUUAAGUGGAGAUCAGCACUCAGAUUCUGAGUUUUUGGCUGGACUCGCUGUUGCUGUGAUUAUGGAUGCAUCUCGUGCUUUCCUUAUUGAAAUUCAGGCAUUAUGUGUCUCUGGCUCAACUGCUUCAAGGCAUGUAAAUGGGAUCCAAGCAAGCAGAGCUGACAUGAUUAUUUCAGUCCUUAAUAAGCAAGUUGGUCUGAAGAUCCAAGAGAAUGCAGUUUUUUUAAAUGUUGUCAGCGGGAUUACA